CCCGCGCGCUUCGCUGCCGAGCAGCAGCGAGCAGCCUCGAGAGCCAACCACCAGUUUUCGUGUCGCCGUUAAAACAGUGCUGUUGUUUUAUCGGCGUUGCAUCAAUCAGUGUAGUGCGCCGCCACAGUGCAAAGGAAAACGCGACAGAGAGGGAGAGAGAGAGAGAGAGAAAGAGCGCGCGCGCGCUCGACGCUCGAAGGCAGCUGGGAACAGAGUCUCGUUAGUGCGACACACACGUAUAUUGUAGUGCUUGUGCCGCGAUACGAUCUGUCGUUCCGCAUGCGACGACUACGAGGAUGACGCUACUGAACCGCGAAGAUCGGCCGACUCGUUCCGGCGAGCUGGCGUCAGCUCGCAGGAGGAAUUGGCAGCAGUCGGAGGAAGCGGCAGUGGCAGCAGCUUGGAGAGGAGAAAAAUCUAAGGGAGCACUCGACGAUGCGACGGCUUAAUUGGAUUAACGAGGCUUCAGAGCAGCAGAAGCAGAAGCAGAAGAAGCAUCAGCAGAAAAACCAGCAGAAAAAGGAAGAGCGGCAGCAGCAGCAGCAGCAGCAGCAAGACCGGAUAUAGGAAAUUAAUCGAGCUGCGAGUCAGAUCAAUCGAAUGACAAGGUGAAGUGUAGCUUCCUGGAGACAAGCUGGUCCCCGAGGAGGGCCUGCUCCUCGGCCAAGGCCGUGGCCCCGCCGGGGAGGGGGCGACGUCGCCCAUCCACGCAGCAUGGAGCUGACCGUCAUCGCAACCAUCAUCGCCCUCGUAGUGGCUGCUCUUGCCACGCCCAGAACCGUGGAGGCACUCGUAACCAAGACCAAACCUAAUCCACGCGUCGUUCCCACGAGGUACGGCAAGAUUCAAGGACUGGUAAUGUCGUUCGAGAACGCCAAGUACCUCAAGCCGAUCGACGUGUACCUGGGUGUGCCGUACGCGACGCCGCCGACGGGUGGCAAUCGCUUCUCGCCGACGAGGGCGCUAAGCCCUUGGGACGGGAACAAAUUGGCGGAGAAGGUGGGACCGGUGUGUCCGCAGAAGCUUCCGGAUGUCUCUUUGGAGCAGGAGGCUCUGGAGCGGAUGCCCAGGGGUAGAGUCGAGUACCUGAAAAGGAUACUGCCGCACUUACGCAAUCAGAGCGAGGACUGCCUCUACCUCAACAUCUACGCUCCGGCAAUGGGUAUGGCCGAGGGCGGCAGGCGACAUCCGGUCCUGGUGUUCGUUCACGGCGAGAGCUACGACUGGGGCAGCGGCAACACCUACGACGGCUCCAUACUGGCCAGCUACGCCGAGCUGGUCGUCAUCACGCUCAAUUAUCGUCUCGGCGUGCUCGGCUUCUUGAAUGCCAAUGUCUCGCCGCAUACGAAAGCCCGGGUGGCCAAUUACGGACUUAUGGAUCAAAUUGCCGCGCUGCACUGGAUACAGCAGAACAUCGAGUACUUCGGCGGCGAUCCCGGCAACGUGACGCUCAUGGGCCAGGGCACCGGAGCCGCCUGCGUCAAUUUUUUGGCCAUCAGUCCAACGGUGAUGCCUGGGCUGUUCAAGCGAGCAAUCCUGCUGUCGGGGAGCGCGCUGUCGUCGUGGGCGACGGUCGAGGAGCCAGUCUCGUACGCGCUGAAGCUCGCCAAGGCGAUGAACUGCUCGGUGCCGGAGGACUUGCUCAAGGACCACGAGUUACUGGUAGACUGCCUGCGCGAGAGCAGUCUCGAGGCCCUGCUCCGUUCCGACGUCAGGGCGCCCACCUUCCUCAGCGCCUUCGCCCCCAGCGUCGACGGGGUCGUCAUCAAGCCCGACUUCCAGAAGGAUCUGCUCUCCUACCUCGGCCCCGAAUUCCAGGGCUUCGGACUGAUGCCCAAGAAGUCGGAACACGGCGAGGCCAUUACCAGCAACAACAAGUACGAUCUUCUGUUCGGCGUGACGACGAGCGAGGCCUUGUGGAGGUUCGCCGAGCGAGACCUGCAGAAAGGCUUCGAGGGCGAGCGCAGGGACAGGAUCAUCAGGACCUACGUGCGCAACGCCUACAUGUACCACCUGACCGAGAUAUUUUACACGAUCGUGAACGAGUACACAGACUGGGAGCGAACGGUGCAGCAUCCGAUGAACACGCGGGACGCGUGUGUGCAGGCGCUAAGCGAUGCACAAUUCGUGGCGCCACUCGUGCAAACUGGCGACCUGUUUACCUUGAGGCACACCAAGAGGCCGCACGGCGCGCCGCUUCCCGUUCACGAUGCCGACAAAGAGCCGCUGCCUAAAACUUACUUUUACGUAUUCGACUACCAGAUGAAAGACGGCGAUUAUCCUCAGAAAAUGGGCUCGGUGCACGGAGAAGAGCUGCCCUUCGUCUUCGGCGCGCCAUUAGUCGACGGCUUCGGCCAUUUCCCAAGGAACUACACGCGAGCCGAAGUCGCCCUGUCCGAGAACAUUAUCCAGUAUUUCGCCAACUUCGUGAAGAAUGGCAAUCCGAAUAUGGCGGAGCACUUACAUGGCAAAGCGGAUGCAGCGUUGCCAGCCAGCAGAGAGAAGAGCCGAUUCCGCGGACUUACCUGGGAUCAAUACGAUCCCGUGCAUCAAAAGUAUCUGGAAAUAGGCAUGAAGCCCAAAGUGAAGAACCACUAUCGCGCGCACCAGCUCUCGGUGUGGCUGCGCCUGGUACCGGAGUUGCAUCGCGCCGGAAUGGAGGACGUGGAGCCACGGCACAAUCUGUUCCGAGACUACGCCGACCCAAUGCUCUACGACGGUUACGUGCGCCCAGAUCCGCUCAACAGGAUAGCCACUGGACCAGAGGAGACGACGAGAUUGAACGGAAAACCUAGCGCUGGUAACUUGACGACCGAGCUGGCGCCUCCGACCACCACGGAUUACAGCCUGACGACGUGCGUCAGUCUCAUUCAGAGCACGAACAUUCAGAAUAUUCACAACGCCAGCACGGACACGUUGGCCAGCCUCGACGCAGCUGGUUACGCGGCGUACAGCACGGCGCUGAGCGUGACGAUAGCCAUCGGCUGCAGCCUGCUCAUCCUGAACGUGCUGAUCUUCGCCGGGGUGUACUACCAGCGGGACAAGACGAGGCUCGAGGUGAAGAGCCUGCAGCAGCAGCAGAUGAUGAAUCAACAGUGCGGCCCGCGGGGCUUCAGCGAGCUCAAACAGCCGCCACCGCCGCCGCCGCCGCACACGCACUUCCCUGGCGGUGGCCAGGUCAUCGUCGACGUCGAGAACGAGAUGAUGAGGAGGAACGUAAUGAAGGCGGCGCCGCCGAGCGAGACGAACAUGCUGCUGCAGCAGACCCAGGUGACCCACACGCUGCCCCAUCCGCACCACUACCAAAAGCAGCACGCGACUCAGCACUCGACACUGCCGCGAGGGAGCUCCGUCAUCCUUCCGGACAUAAGCAGCCAGCAAAGCCAGGGUCCGCCGAACGGGUCGAUCCACUUGACGGUGCCGUGCGCGCCGCCGCCGCCACGAGCCAAGAGCCCGCCGGAGAACCAGCCGCUGCUGCAGGGCUGCGCGACGACCACCGUCUCGGGCAGGGUGCAGUCUGGCCAAGGUGGCAUCGGCGAGAUGCGCGUCUGAUGCUUCGAGCCCCCUCCUACGAUCCACGAGCAGCAGCCACUCGCCGCGGAUCUGCUCACUGCCUCGACGCUCCUCUAGGAGGGGGCUUCGUUCUGAAGCGCACGGCGCACGCAUCGACACUCGCACGGCGCACUUCCCUUUUGUUACCUUUGCUUGUCUCUCGCUGUUACGAAGCGCGCGUAACGCGAGACGAGAGAUCCGAGCGAGGGAGACACUAGUUUGUAAGAUACAGUGGCGUUAUUAAUCUCGGGGGCGAUGAACGCGACUAGAAAAAGACUGUUUCGCUUGCGUUUCCCAGUCGGAGCGCUGUCGUCGCCCAUUGCCGAGCUUCGACUGGGACUAACGAGCGAUUAAAUUAUUAUUUUUAUUAUCGUCAUGAUUAUUAUUUUCAUAUAAAAAGAAAAGCCGAGGCGAAGUAGCGGUGAUUCUGGAAAAAAAAAAGAAAAUCGCUCCUCCCGUCCGAUAUCGGAUCGAAAGCAAAGUGCUGAUGUACACGCGUUACCCAAUAAUGAAAAGUAAAACUUCUCGUCUUCCGUAUACUCUUCCGUAUACCGGCCGGCUUUAUUUUCGAGACGACGACACACGAUACGUAGUCCCCCGAGAGAGUUUUACAGCCUGUGUAGAUUCGUCGAGAUAUGCAAGAAUUUUAAUGACACAAUGACAGAGGAAGAGAUUGCAAAUUAUUGUGAAAUUACGAGCACCGGUCGUUCCUCGAUACUGUUAAUCAAAACCCAGAACUUGAUGUUCUUCGUACAACAGUCUAUUCAAAAAGAGAAAAAAAGUCAUUCUAAAAAUCAAACGAUUCUGCUUGCGUUUGCGCGCACUGUUUACAAUCUUUCAAUUUUUGCAAUUGUUAUAUAUAUAUAUAUAUAUAUAUAGCGAUGACUGGUCCUUUCUAUACGCGCAUUUAGUUGUGCAACUGACAAUUUUUACGUAUCUUUACCGUCGCUAGUUUGCAGUGUCAUGGUGUUCUUAUAUUGAUCAUUACAUUUUUCAAAUAAAUCAGAGGCUGACUGUUUCAUAGUCUGUGUAUAAACUCUAUAAAAUGUAAGAACAGCACCCACUCGCCAAAUCAAUGUUGAAUUUCAUUUCCGGAAACAGUAACCGUUCACAUAUACGUUGACAACUUUUUAAGCUCUAACAUCUUACUGUAUACAAUUAUACAUAAAACAUUUAGCCAAGAAGUACCGGAAUAUAAAAUAAAGAGUCAAAAAAUAUUUAAUAUUAUUAAAGGAUGAAGAGAAAAACUGUAAGCGAUGAGAAAAAAAAAACAUUAUUAAUUGUUAUAAUUGUCGAUGAUGCGCAAGUUGUUAUAAAGCAAUGCGCCGAAUGUCUUUUUCCGAUAAAUAAAAAAAGGAAGAGUAAGCUAAUUGCGGAAUGAUUCGAACGGGGAAAAUGCUAUUAUGUGAGUAUGAUAUCAUUACAUAUGGACAAUCCGACUAAAUAUACAUGUAUCAUAAAUAAAAUGCGUGCAUCUGUCAAGACAUAAAUCACACAGAGUAAAGGAUAAUAAAGUCCGAUAAAAAGAAAUGUUGAUCGUGAAAUGAACAAAGAAAUUUCCAUUGCCUUAUCAGGCUACAUUUAUCAGUAUAAGGUCUAUUCAAUAAUUUUCUGUUUCUCACACUGACGUAACGAUACCUCGGAUAAAUUUUCACGACGACAUUGCGCAUUUUGGACGGGUUCGGGUACGUACAAGCUUUCGCGUUCAAUUAUUUAAACUAUUCUUUUGUAUUUUCUAUUAGAAAAAUAAUAUUGAAUGUUAUGACUGAGCCUUGAUGAUUUCUAUCGAUAUAUUGUUGAAUUAUAUUAAGAAUAAAAUGGAAAAUAAAAAAAAUUUUUUGAAUUACUAUAUAUAAAUGAAUAAUUUAUACGAUAUAUAUCUGUUCAAAAAACUAAGUUGACAAUUAAAACAAGUAUAGAAAAAUGACGAGUAUUACAGUCUAAAUAAUUGAAGGCUCGAUGUAUAAAAUAGACAAAGCGGCGCGGAUGAGCUUCCAAAAGUUUUCGAAUGAAGUAAGCGCAGAAUUUUCAUGAUAAACUUUGAGCAACCAACUUUUCUUAUAAAUGAUACCGUAUAAGAAAGAUUUAUAAGAAGAACAAUAGCCUCUAGAUAAGGUAAUGAUCGAUAAAGUUUUGAUAACAAUAUCCUCAUAGUAAAAGCCCUAAUAGUAGAUAUGAUAGCUCAAAUAAUCGCGAUCUUUUAGAAAAGUGACAUUUGCGAAAUGAUGAUGAAAAUUUUGUGCUUAGUCCAUGCCGAGAGACGCGUAUGUAAGUAUCAGGCGUUGUAAUUUGUCGAAACACGCAGCGAAUAAUUGGAUCUAAUGAGCGUCAUAAAGUGGACUUUUUGUAAUUAUUAGAUGCAAUCACUCAGCAGGCAGUCGGGUCGAACAAAUAAUUACAGCGUUGGCAAGUAUCGGUAGAGCCAUGCACGCGUCUAUUAAAUGAAAAUACGAUGAUGAAGUCGGGAGUUAAAGAGACACGUACAUAAAUAGCAACGCACGUAAAAAAAUGCAUAUACAUACACAUAGGUAAAUGGUAAUUACUAUUACGUACAUUGCGAAUUAUAACGAGGAAAUGCGACGGCAGUGAAUCAUGAGAAUUUUAAUGAAUUUAUUAUACGAGUCAACAAUAAUAUGUGGCGAGUGUGCAAGGGCGACGAAGAGUUGGGCGCGCGGGCGAGGAUGAAAGGACGGCGAUUCACAAUGUUUUCUUCGGAGCGCCCUUGUGCUUUUCCAGGACGAAAAGGGAUUAAUGUGCUUCACGGACGAUUACUUACCUGGAUGUACUGUGAACAUGCGCGCGUGAAUUUCUCUUUAGUUCUCUCGAGAGGCGGAGUCAAUGAAGGGUGUGUCAGAUUCCAGGACAGAAUUGUCACUGGAAUGCUAUGUCGAUUACAUCAAUGAUUUUUUGUUGUAACGUUGUAAAUAUAU